AUGGCCUGCGACGGUUUCAAGACGUGGGCGCGCCGUGACCAGAAGUGCGGAUAUGAGUGCCAUUUUCUCUCUCGGACAGCCUGCAGGGCGCGCGGCAAGGCCGCGCCCGCCAACGCGCCGACGGCCCAGUCUGGCAAGAAGGCCCAAGGCGCGUACCAGCAGGGGCCGCCAUGCCUCGGGGGCGGCGGAUCCAUCCUCAGCGUCGAGGACUUCAGCAAGCUUUCCAUAGUCUGGUCGCCCAAGCAGGUCGCUCCUGUGCUCGCCAGGAGGGCGCUCUUGCAGGGCGAGCCCGCGGCGUCGGCGAAGGAGGCCAGGGACGCGCGGGACCGGUUGUCGGAGCAGAAGGGCAAGUCGCGGCAUGCCUAUGGCAAGGCGCUGGAGCAGGCCAGCAGCGCGGCCGCCAAGGCUGCCGAGCUCAAGCGCGAACUUGACGCGCCUAACGUCAAGGCGGGGCACUUGCCGGUGCUGGCGCCGCCGCCGAGCAACCGCGGCAGCCUGCGCCCGCCAACCCUAGCGGGGGUGCCAGCGACGCCGAGGUCGCUCGGCAACGCGCAGAUGAUUCUUCCCAAGGGCUUCUCGAGCGGCGCCAGCAUCAGACCGCCGAUCCUCUUGCCCUGGGCGCCGAUGGAGCAGCGGGGCCACGGGCGCAGCGGUCAUGGGCUUGGGCCCACGAGUUGGCAGAUAUUGGCGACCCUCGGUGCGGGCCUGAAGCAGGUCACGCUCCGCUACGUUGUUUGCAGCGGCUUCAAGAUGUUGCCGGAGACGUUGGCGGGCUCCGAGCGGGCGGAGGCCGCGGGCGCGGCGCGCGCAUCGCCGUCGCGCGCCACAUGUACCAACAGUUAUCUCAGCGCUGGCAGGUGCAUUGAUUUCUUCGUAGUGUCGAAGUGUUUGCACUGGGGGGCGCGAGCUGAGAUCCUGGUCGAUGAUGGCACCGCGCCGCGCUUCCCCGUCGCUCUCAAGUUGAAGCAGCUGCGUAGCACUGAUUCGAGGCACGCGGUCGCCAAUGUUCCCAAGGGGCUGCCCGUGGACAUUCCAGUCGGCUGCCGCCGCGCUGCCCCUGCUCGCGUGCUGGCCAAUCUCACCACAGGACGUUUCUCGAUCAACACGGAGCGGCACAGCCUUGUUCAGUCUUUUGUUGCCUCCGAGGCGCUGGCGCUCGCCACCUUCUGCUGCGUCGCCCUGCACCUGGUGAUGCACACAGAGGCGCUGCCUGAGGACGACAUCGCGAGUCAGGCGGCGUUCGAGUGCGUCCCAAGGGGCGCGUGGACGGCCCUGCCGGUCGUGUUCCUGGCCGGCGGCCUGCUCAACAUGGAAGGCCUUAUGAGUUGGGCGGCCGUGAUCGUCUGA